CGACGCCGUCUCCCCAGUCAAUGGCGGCCCCCGACGACGCGCCCGCCACGGCGGUACUGCUGCUCUCCGCGGGCCUGGCAGCCCUGGUCGCUUACGCAGUGGCGGCUGUCACGUACAACGUCUACUUGCACCCACUGGCCAAGUUCCCCGGUCCGCCUCUAGCUCGCGCUACCGUCUACUGGAAGGCAUAUGCCGAAUGCGUCCAGAACCGGUCCUUCUGCCACUACCUUGUCGAGCUGCAUGCCCGAUAUGGCGACGUUGUGCGAGUCGGCCCCAACGAGCUCCACUUUGCCAAUCCAAAGGCCUACCACGACAUCUACAACAACAGGAACCGCUGGGACAAGGAGGCCACCCUGUACCAGAGCUUCAACGAGGACAGGUCCAGCUUCGGCUUCCUCACCCAUGCCGAGGCCAAGGAGCGCAAGCACGUCCUGAACCCCUCCUUUUCCCAAGCCGCUAUCCGGAAUGCCCAGCCUCUCUGCAUCGACAAGACAAAGCAACUGUGCGCAGCUUUCGAGCGCCAAGCCAAAGCCUCCAAGAGCAUCGAUCUCUUCCUCGCCUUCCGCUGCAUGAGUGUCGACGUCAUCACCACCCUGUGCUUUGGCAACCCCAUCCAUGCUGUUGACGCCCCCGACUUCAAGGCCCCUAUUGUCGUCGCCCUGGAUGCAUCGACGCCCGUUUCCCUUUAUUUCAAGUACUCUGAUCUUUUCAAGAACUUUAUUCUGAAAUGCCCCCCAAAACUAUCGCGAGUGCUAAGCCCCUUGACGGCAGGCCUCAUCGACCUGAAUGAGCUGCUUAUGCACCAGAUUAAUGAUCUGACUAACAAUCCGGAAAAGCUCAAACUGCUUCCUCAUAACAUGACAGUUUUCCACCGUCUGAUGGAUCCUGACGCUCAUCGUGACAAAAAGGUUCCUUGUACCGGCAGCCUCUACGAAGAGACACAAGCACUCAUGUUUGGAGGCACCGACACCACCGGCAACACGCUCAUGGUGGGGGCUUUCCACCUGCUCAAGGAGCCCGCCGCUUGGCAAAAGCUCAAAUCAGAGUUGUUGGCAGCAUGGCCUUUACUCGAGGGGGAGGGGCCCACGCUGUCAGAACUGGAAAGUCUGCCCUACCUGAAUGCAGUCAUCAAAGAAUCCCUGAGGCUGUCGUCAGGCGUUACUUCUGGCCUGUUGCGCAUAGUUCCUUCCACGGGCGCGACUAUAUCAGGAGUUGCUGUGCCGCCAAAGACCAUUGUGUCGUGCGGUAGCACUUUUGUCCAUUACAACGCCGACAUCUUCCCCAAGCCCGACAAGUUUGUUCCUGAGCGCUGGCUCGAGACACCCGACCUGGACAACUGGCUCGUCGCUUUCUCCCGCGGCCCACGCAUGUGCCUGGGCAUCAACCUUGCAUGGGCGGAACUUCGUCUUGCCUUUGCCCAUGUAUACCGCAAAUUCGACAUGACCCCCGCCAAACCACUACCAGAUAAGCUCUUGUGGCGAGACGUAUUCUUGCCAUACUACUACGAUGAACAUUUGCAGGUCAACAUGCAGCUUGUAAAUGCCUAG